AUGGAGAAUGCUGGGGUUUCUGCUCCGUGCAACAAACUCGAGUCCGAAGAGGAUAAGCGGGCAAUCCAAAUCCUGCAAGAAUCAACACGUCGCACGAGAGAAGUAUCUCGUUUUGAGACGGGGUUGUUGUGGAAGUUUGACGAUCCUGACUUCACUGGCAGUUAUCCGAUGGCAGUUCGCCGUCUGGAGUCAUUAGAACGGAAAUUUGAAGCGAAUCCAUGUUUGGCGGAGCAAGUACGCAACCAGAUAGCUGACUACGAGCGCAAAGGCUAUGCGCACAAGGCCUCUCUUACGGAGCUGACGUCCAUACCGGCAAACCGGGUGUGGUACCUACCUUUAGGAGUCGUAACCAGUCUGAAGAAACCUGGCAAGAUCAGAUUAAUCUGGGAUGCAGCAGCAAAAAUAGGUGAAGCUUCGUUCAACUCCAAACUUCUGGAAGGACCGGACCUGUUAACGCCACUUCCGAAGGUUCUAUGCCAAUUCCGGCAGUUUCCAGUGGCAGUGUCUGGAGAUCUGAUGGAGACGUUCCACCAAUUAGGAAUCCGGUAUCCGGACUGCUUAUCUCAGCGAUUUGUGUUCCGCGAUAGACCUUCCGACUACCCGCAAGUCUAUAUCAUGGACGUAGCCACGUUUGGAUCGACUUGUUCUCCAGCGUCGGCACUAUAUGUGAAGAAUCUGAAUGCCCAAGAAUUCUCCAACAAAUUUCCCCGUGCUGCUGAAACCAUAAUCAAUAAGCACUACGUCGACGAUUAUCUAGAUAGCUUUCGAACAGUCCAAGAAGCGAUAGAUGUGGUGAAUGAGGUGAAGAUGGUGCAUUCGAUGGGAGGAUUCACGCUACGACACUUCCUAUCCAAUGAAGUGGAUGUUCUGCGUGGGAUCGGUGAAGUUGCAGCAGAUGAAAGCAAGAAUUUAUUACUGGAGAGAGGAGGAUAUGUCGAAUCAGUGCUUGGCAUGCAAUGGUUGCCAGAAGACGAUGUUUUCACCUAUUCCUUCGUUAUGAGAGAUGAUCUUCAACCAAUCUUGGAAGACAGACAUGUCCCUACGAAGCGCGAAGUAGUUAAAGUGGUGAUGACCUUGUUCGAUCCACUAGGACUUAUUUCGUUUUUCCUCGUUCAUGGAAAAAUCCUGAUUCAGGAUAUUUGGGCCAGAGGUACAGAUUGGGACGUUACCAUUCCCAACGACCUGUACGAACGCUGGCGUACCUGGACGAGCCUUUUUCCGACGCUGGAUCUGCUUCGUAUUCCGAGAUGUUACUUCCGGUCAACGCUUCCGGAAAAUGUUGAUGGCCUGGAGAUUCAUAUGUUCUGCGAUGCCAGCGAAGCAGCGUUCUCAUGUGCCGCUUACUUUCGCGCAGAAAUAGAUGGAGAAAUACAAGUGGCGUUCAUCGGUUCUAAAACAAAGGUCGCUCCACUCAAAACCCUAUCCAUUCCUCGACUUGAACUAAACGCCGCCGUGCUUGGGACCCGUCUGUUGGAGACUCUUCAGAACCAUCAUAGCAUACCGGUGUCUCGCAGGUUUCUCUGGAGCGAUUCGAGUACCGUAUUGUCAUGGAUUCGUUCCGACCAUCGCCGGUACCAUAAGUUCGUAGCCUUCCGUAUCGGAGAAAUCUUGAUGUCUACAAAUCCGUCGGAGUGGAGAUGGGUUCCCACCAAACUUAACGUUGCCGAUCAAGCAACGAAAUGGAACAACGGACCAUUGCUUUCGUUAGAGAAUCCCUGGUUUCGAGGGCCGAGUUUCCUUUUCGAACCAGAGAAAUUAUGGCCAAAACAGCAUCCUUCAACGCCGACGAAAGAAGAACUUCGCCCUGCUACCACGCUCUUGAGUCACCUCACACCGCAGGUGGGUAUCCCGCUUGAAGUUCCUCGAUUCAACUCAUGGACAAAGCUUCAACGAACCGUGGCCUUUGUUUUGCGCUACGUGGACAACUGUUGCCGUAAGAAACACCAAGAAUGUCUGCGCCUAGAUGUCCUCACCCAAGAGGAGCUAAAACGGGCCGAAGAACUUCUGUGGAAGAUCGCUCAGAAGGAAACAUUUGCGGAAGAAAUUUCUAUCCUCGCCGAGCCACAGGGUCCUCCUGAGAAACGACAUCGUAUUGUGCACAAAUCCAGCCCAAUUUACAAGACAUGGCCCUUUAUGGAUGAUCAUGGGAUCGUGAGGAUGCGUGGCAGAAUAGGUGCCGCUCCUUAUGUCCCAACCGAAGCUAAGUUUCCAACGAUUUUGUCGAAAAACCACCCAAUAACAUUCCUAAUCGUAGAUUGGUUCCAUCGCCGCUUCAACCAUGCCAAUCGAGAGACCAUCGUCAACGAGAUCCGCCAACGAUUCGAGAUUUUUAAGCUUAGAUCGCUGGUGGAGAAAGUCUCAAAAAAUUGCGUCUGGUGUCGUGUUUUCAAAGCUGCUCCAAGACCUCCAGCAAUGGCCCCACUACCAAAGAUACGCCUCACUUCAUUCGUUCGACCCUUUUCAUUCGUCGGACUUGACUACUUUGGGCCAGUCUACGUUAGAGUCGGUCGAAGUCUCGCUAAACGAUGGAUUGCCCUGUUCACUUGCCUGACGGUAAGAGCAGUGCACAUGGAGGUGGUGCAUCCUCUGAGCACGGAAUCCUGCAUCAUGGCAGUGCGUCGCUUCGUGUCUCGCCGGGGUCCGCCCAGAGAAUUCUAUUCUGACAAUGGGACGUGCUUCCAAGGUGCAAGUCGGGAGCUCAAAGCAGAAAUCGAGAAUCGAAAUGAAGCCCUAGCGCUUACUUUCACGAGCGCGGAAACCAGCUGGAAAUUCAUCCCACCUGCUGCGCCCCAUAUGGAAGGCGUAUGGGAACGACUAGUUCGGUCGGUUAAGGUGGCAACUGGGGCAGUUUUGGAUGCCGCUCGUAAGCCCGAUGACGAAGCUCUGGAGACCGUGAUCCUAGAAGCCGAGGCGAGUAUACUAUAG